AUGGGGGCUCCAUACCAUCCUGCGACAAAUGGCCAAGCAGAACGAUAUGUGCGAACGGUCAAAGAGAAAUUGCUUGCAUUGCGGAAUAUAAACAAAAGGACUCAGCACAGUACAACGGGUGAAUCACCUAGUAUGAGGCUUUUUCAGAGACAAAUUAGGUCGCGACUAGAUUUGAUCAUUCCACACGAUGAUAAGAAAGAGUCAACAAAACAGGUAGAUGAGAAAAUUCAUCGCAGUUUUAAGGUUAAUGAUAGGAUAGCUGUGCGAAACUAUAAAGAAGGGGAGGUAAAGUGGAAGUUUGGAACGAUUCAGGAAAAGUUGGGUAAAUUGCAUUACGAUGUAAGGUUAGAUAAUGGAAAAUUGUGGCGAAGGCAUGUGGACCAAUUGAGAAAAGUAGGAGAGGAAGUAGGUAAAGAUUGCCCCGAAGUAUCAGAAGAAGAAUAUUGGAAUUUAAAUAUGAAUGAUCAUUUGACCAGUGAAGUAGAGGAAUCUAAAGUGGAUUCCGAUGAGGAGGAAGAGUUCGAAGAUGCCUUGGAGGACAAUGUUGGUGAAGAGAAUCAAGCUGAGCAACCUGUGGUUUUCCCAGCAUUACCUGCUGCUCUACCACUGAGACGAUCACAGAGAAAUAUUAAAGCUCCAGAUCGUCUAAAUCUUUAG